CCCUUGUGUUUUGAGAGACGGCCUGUUCCUGCCGGGCGUUGCUAUGGUUCCAGGUAUUUCCGGCGAGUGACCUAGUGAGUCGCUGAGGUUCUGUGAGGGAGGAUUGUGACUGUGGUUCCGCUGGGAAGAUCAGGGAAUAUCGAGUUAGUGCAGGAGCCAUGUCUGCGGGUAUUGGGGAGACUGCCGGACUGUAUGGUACAGAGGAAGAGUAUAUGUGCAGGCCAACAGACUUGUCUGAGCUGCUCAAAGAAGGAACAAAAGAUUCACAUUAUCAGGCUGAAAAUACGAAGUUUGUCAAGGAUUUCCUGAAGGGCCGAAUUCAGCGAGAGAUAUUCAAGUUGGCUACGGUUGCCCUGUACUUCACUUACUCUGCUCUGGAGGAGGAGUUGGAGCGGAACAAGGAGGAUCCGGCCAUCGUCCCCCUGUAUUUCCCGCAGGAGCUGCACAGGAAGGAGGCUCUGAUCAGGGACCUGGGCUAUUUCUAUGGAGAUGAUUGGGAAGAGACCAUUGAGUGCUCGGAAGCUGCCAGGUCGUAUGUGAGGAGAAUUCAGCAGUUGGGUCAGACAAGGCCAGAGCUGCUUGUGGCUCACGCUUACACCAGGUAUAUGGGGGACCUGUCUGGUGGCCAGAUCCUUAGGAAGGUAGCCCAGAGGGCUCUGCACCUGCCCCCUACAGGGGAGGGCAUCCAGUUUUACCUAUUUGAUAAUGUGACCAACGCCCAGCAGUUCAAACAGCUUUACAGAGCCCGGCUCAAUGCACUGGAUUUGGACAUGGAGACCAAGGAGAGCAUCGUACAGGAGGCCAAUCAGGCCUUCCACUUUAAUAUGCAGGUGUUUGAGGAACUGGAUAAAAUUGCUGCUGCUCUCCCAGAGGAAGCACAAGAUGGAGGCCUCCCAGUGCAUGAUGGGAAAGGAGAUAUCCGAAAGUGCCCGUAUUAUGCGGCCCAGCAAGACAGUUUACAACAAUGCAAAGAGUUUAUUACCCAUAAGCCUGUGUCCUUGUGGCCCCAACAAUGGAGAAGUAUGAGAAGUUGGCCAAGAUUGGAGAGGGCUCUUACGGAGUGGUGUUUAAA